AUGACAGGUCGUUCUAAAGACAUAAGGCCCACCAUUUUGGAAGACUUCAAGACACUGGCCAGACAACAAGGAAUAAGCAACGAGUUUAUCACAAUCAAACAAAACAAAGGGGACUGUAUCCCUGGAGAGCAAGUGCCGGCUCCAUCCACUCAACCAGAGACUCCGAGAGUUCGGAGGUCUGUGGUCCCUACUUUUGCUCACCUUGACACUGAAGGCUCUGGUGGAGACGAUGAUACUCCUCUCUUCAAUGGAACGGUAGCUUGUAAGGCAGCUCCGGACACUGGCCCCUGUUUUGGAAUGAAUCAGCGUUUCUUCUACAACGCCUCGUCCAUGACCUGUGUUGCAUAA